AUGAUAGAACUGCCUUCUUCCUAUAUCAUAUCUUCGAGGUUAUCAGCUCUUGAUUCAAAAGAUGUGUUGCGUAUUGUUCACUUUGCACAAGAGAAGUGGAAGGAACAGGAGAUCAAGAAGCGUAUGAAAAAAAGAGGGUCGCCUAUCCUUGGUAUUGGUAUUUCUAACCCUGAAGAACUAAGCACUUUAGUAGCCAAUAACAUCCCAGUGAUACACAUCCAAAGAGAAUGCAAGUCGCUUCAAGCCUUACAGAAGCGUCAUUUUAAAGAGAAAAAGAUAAAGAAUCGCAUCUACUUGUGGUUAACUUCGAGUUUAUGGGGUAUAUUGUGUAAAUUUAUCUUACGGCAUAAGCACAGAUUGAAGAAAGGUCAAGAUACAUUUCAUUUCUCGGUUCUGAAUCAAAGCAAUGUACCUAUACCCCAUUACAUGAUUGGUGGAAUCACCUUUACUCUGACGAUUGGCCUUUGUUGGAUCACUAAAAAGUUAUUGUUCCAACAUAUUCGAACAAGUGAAUACUAUGUCCAUGAAAAAGAAGGUGACUUUCUUUUGAUUCGAAACGAUGCUUUAUAUAGUAAAUCGCAGUUUAUUAUUCAAACCAUAAUUCCUUCCUUUUUAAUUGGUUUUUCUGUAUAUUACUUGAAAUAA